AGUAGGGGGAGACACGUAGUUGCGACAGCAAACUGAAAGCAAAUGUAUGUCCAUUAGAUUUAUUUCUAUUCGUUUCUUAAACUAACAUAAUAAUGGUAUACAAGUAAAUUCAAAAGUUCACAGCACGUUUUUUCACAAGUAGAAGAUAUAAAUCUAUUUUUAUAAUUCAGAAUAAGAAUAAUUCUUAAUUCUGGCAAAAAUAUACAAUUUUGCAGGCAGAAAAUGAUUUUCGACGAAUCUAAUUAGGUCUCUAAAGGGCUUUGUCAUGUUUACAUAAUCCGCCCGGAACCAUGCAAAAUCCGGUGACGCAGCAAACGGAUUUGGAUCUUACUGCAAAUACGGAUAUGACGUAAACGAGCGGGAAGUUGAAACGUUAAGUGUUUCAGAUAAUAAAAGGUGUGGCUAGAAAGUUAGCUAUUACAGUUAGUUAGUUAUUUACAUUCUGGAAGACGGGUCUCCAGUAAGUGUCAAGCUUUCAGGAUGGCGGACAGGAACCUAGUACAGGAGCUAAAACGCUGGGCAACAGAGGAGUUUAACCUGCCCCCGGACAGUCUGCCAAAUGACAACUACUUUAAAACUUUAUGUGUUGGAGCAGGGAAAUCAAUAUGGAAAUAUGUCGUUCAACACCUUUUUCAACAAAGGAAUGUAAGGCUCAUGCGUGGAAAUCUUAAGUGGUAUAACAUACUUCAAGAAACAGAGCUGAAGCAAGCUGAGGGCCAAAGUGAGGCUGCUAAGCAGAGAGAGCUCCAGAAGAACAUAGAGCAGCUGAAAGGUGAGAUUAGUCACUUGGACUCUCAGAUCAGUGGAACUGAGGAACAACUGGCUGCACAAGAGCAGUCCAUCAGCUGUACCUGGGAACAGGUUGAGGACAACCAGUGGAGGGAGCUUCUUCUACAGUCCUUCAGGCAGCAGUGCAUCAAAGACCAAAUGAAGCUCUCUGACGACACAGAAAAGAUCAGUGGACACAGCAAGGUGCUUGAACAUCUCACCAGAAAAGCAGAGAUUGAUGUGUUAUUUGAGAGUAAGUCUUUGAGUAGCAGUGGUAGUGACAGCCUGAACUCCAAAGCAACAGCUGAAGCGCAAGUCUUGCGUGAGGUGAGAGGGCUAUGUGAUGACAGGGUCCACUUCUAUCAGUCUUUGCAAGAGAGUGGACUGAAAACGGAGCGCUCUGCAGCCACACAAAUGUCCCAUAAACAGAGGGAUGCUGUGUUUCAGUACUGGUUGAGUGCUGUAGAGAAUCUGCUGUGUGGCUUUCCUCCGAACCAAGUCCUCUCAGCUCUGCAGUAUCUGGCUUCUAGAGAGCAGAAGGAACUUGAGGAGAAACUUGCGUCUUUGGAUGUGACACAGGAUGCGACUGCUCUACAAUUGCGCUAUGAAAGUGAUCAUCUACUGGACAUUUCAGCAGAAGAAGCUGAUGACUUGCCACCUGUUAAAACACUAUUACAAGCUGCAUGGGAAGAGGUUGAGCAGAGCUUGGUGGAGUUGGCCCAGACUCGGUCCAGGGUCCUACAGCUUCGAAACCAGCUGCAGACCCACAAGAAGGAGGUUGAGCAAGAGGUGUCUGGUUUUUCAGAGGAACUCCACGAUGCCUUGGCACUAUCCACUCUAGAGAUGGAACUCCGGUGUGUAAUGCAGGCAGUAGCCAGUGAUUAUAUCAGAGACUGGUGUAUCCAAAUGGACCAACAAGUUAGAAGCCGACAGGAGGCACUAAAGAACCUUCAUAGCCAGUGGGAACGUAUUCAGAACUUCAGACAGCUCGUGGCUCUGAGGCAGGAACAGAUCAGAGGUCUGAUUAAAGGGAACUCCAUGGCCAAGAUGGAGCUGAUCCGUCUGCAUAGAGAGCUACAAGAAUUUGUCCAACGAAAGCUGGUGUCCCAGUUUGAAGAUGUCACCAGUGCAGCCACUAAUCUAAGAAACUCCAUUUUGAAAGAAGUCAAACAACUGGGAACAAUUUCUCUUCUUGCUCUAGACUGCAGGACAGUUGAAGGAACACAAAGAAUCCCUACGUCUUGGUUAUCCAUCCAUCGCUUACAGUCCCCGACAUUCAGAGGCCUGUGCCAGAGCAUGGCAUUCCCAAUAUAUCAGGCUCCAGAGGAGUUGUGUUCCCAAGCUCGCUCUCAGCAGCUUGAACUGCGUUUUCUCCGUCAGUUACUGCAACUACACUCUGCUACUCUGCAGAAAACCCAGAGGGAGACGGGGCUGCUGCAUACGUCUGAUCAAAAAGCUCUACUGUCCAGAGUGGUGGAGGAAGAUCAGAAGCUUCACAAGUCUCUGGUACCAAGAGUCCGAAGCCUCACCCAGCGCUGUGUACAGGGGCUGUCCUCUGGGGACCAGGUCAAAACCGCCAUCUCCUGCUGGUGGGACCAACCAGCUCAGCAUGUCCUACCUGAGACCAGGAAGGGAGGUCUGACUUUUCAACAGUGGCUACAGCGGUGGAAACUGGCUGCCAAAGUCUCUUAGAAGGUUUUUACAUGUAUAGAGGUGAUCAUCAUCAGCAUCUGCCAGUAACAACAGGACCAGGCUGUAACGGACAGGAAAUGCACUGUUAAUGCUGUAAAGAGGUGGUGGGAAGAAUCAAACCAUUCUGUUAUGUUGUCUAACCUUUUAUUUGUCAUUACACCUCAGGAUAUUUUGUUGUAUUAAAAAAUACUCCACUUCUAAUAAAUCACUUUAAAUCCCAAA